AUGUGGGUAUCACCAUCAACAUCAUCAUCAUGCAACGGUUCCAGCCGUCGUGAUCCAUCCCAACAGCAGGGUCUGUGUCCAAAUCUCCGAGCCAUCACGCCAACUUCGCCAUGCUUUUCGACAGGAAACAGCCGCGAACUCGCCGCGGAGUUGCUCUACUUCAGUGUUCAAAACUACAUAGUCAGUGGCUGGGAGUGGCUUUACCUGUGCCUCGUGUGUGAGCGUGAUAUUGAGGAUCAAAUUAAGUGUCCGUGCGAACGGAAUUUUUCUGUUCAGCGCGGCGUCGGGCGUCGGGCGAAGCAAUCGGGCGAAGCAGAAUGUUCAACCAAAGAUAUUACAAUAUCAUACUUGGCAACAAGAUAUAUGCGUGAAAUUUAUUGUAUGGUAGGUCGAGUAGUUAUCUGGAUGAAUCAAUGA